AAAUAGUGGAAAACAUUUGACAUUCGUCUAUCGUCUUCGUCUAAUAGUAAUAAUAUAGUAGUUGUAAUACCUGCUUGAAAAUAAAUUAUUUAUUUAUUUUUUAAUUUUCAUCUACAUACAUAUAUUUAUAUCAAAUUUUACAACGGGAAAAACUAAUCUAAUUCAUUGGACAAAAGAAUCGCCGCUCAAAAAGAUAACUCAGCACUUUUAUGGGUUGAAAUUCGAAGUGCAACUCUCAGUCAGAAAUAUGAUAAAACAAAUAUCAAAAACUAACGUGGUCGUCGCGUUUUCUUCUCCAUUCUGGGGAAGAAAACAAUUUUUAUUAUGCGUCUUUGGUUUAUUUAUCGCUAGCACUUUAGUUGAUGUGAUUAGAGCACACGAAUCAGAUGAAUAUAUUAAUUUUGUUGAUGAUGACGACGACGACACCGUAAACGACAACAGUGGCAAUGUCAGCACGAAUGCCUCGAAUGACUGGGACCUUUUGAUCUUCACCCAAAGUUGGCCAGUGACAACCUGCUUCCAUUGGAAGCAGGAAAACAAACACCAUGAAUGUAAUUUGCCCACAAAGAAGGAGGUCUGGACUAUCCAUGGCAUUUGGCCAACCAAGCUCGACACCUUUGGCCCGAACUUUUGCAAUAACAGCGCUAAGUUCGAUAUCGACAAACUCUAUCCCAUUGUCGAUCAAAUGUAUUUGUUUUGGCCUAAUAUUGAAAACGGCACAGAAUAUGACUCGUUGUGGCAGCACGAAUGGGUCAAGCAUGGAACAUGUGCAGCUCAACUUGAGGAGCUUAACGAUGAGUUGAAGUAUUUUUAUCAGGGUCUCAACUGGCUUUCGAGCGUCUUUAUGUCAGAUGUUCUUGAAAAAUCUGGCAUCUAUCCAGACUCCAAUAAUACCGUAAUUAGUCUGCAUACGGCUGUGGUCAAAGCUCUCGGCAAGAAUCCGUCCAUUCAUUGUCUCUAUGACAAUAAGAAGGACGUUAGCUAUCUGUCUGAGAUCCGAGUUUGUUUUGAUAAGAAACUCCAAUUGGUUGAUUGUGAUCGAAUACGUUUUGGUCAGGUUUCGAUUGAUUAUCCAGGAGGGAAAGUUAACACCAAUUGUCAUGUAUCAAAGCCAAUCUUCUAUCCAAGUAAUGUCCCGCCAACGGAGAAGCUAAACCGCAGACGUAAGGAUUCAUGGAAAUUCCCAUUUGUGAAUGCUUACAAAUUGGUACAAUUCUUGAUAUGGAGUACUCUUUAAGUGGAAAAUAAAAAAAUGGUGAGUGAAAUUAAAAGAAACAUUAACACACAUCGAAUCGAGUGAGAAAGAACAACAAAUAGUAAAAAAAAAUAUAUUAUUAUUAUUUAAAUAAGAAAAAAAUUGAUAAACUUCGCAAAUUAUUGAUAAAUUGGAAUUAGAAUUCAUUGUUUUUAUUUAUAUAAUUUAGGUAUCCAUGUUUAUUAACAAAAUUAUUAUUUUAUCUUUUGAUUUGUAUUUAGGAAAAAUAUUUUAUUUUAAUUUUUUUAUUUUUGAUCAAUUUUACACAUCUUUUUAUUUUUAUUUUUUUUCAAUUGUAGUUUUAAGUAAAAAUUGUAAGAAAAUAAUUAUACCUAACAUACAGACAUAAUAUUAAUCAAUGUAAGUGAAUAUUAUAAACAAUAUAGAAGUAUUUUUAUGCAAAUGA